AUGAACAGCAGAAGGGAAAAAGCUGAUAAAGGCGUGUCUGUGGAUACCUUCAUAAAACAGAACACAUUGCGCUCAAGUCUGAACCGAGAGAUACGUGACUUCAAGGUUGUGUUGGAUGAAAUUGAUGUUGGAAAGUGUAUUCCAUUGCCAGGGAAUGUUGGAUUUUCAAUACAGUAUUUGCCAUCUGCUGCAAAACACCUAGGCAAGAAAAGAGUGGGUCAUGAUGUGACAGGAGACUCCACACAGAGGAAAUCUAGACGAAUUUUGAUUACAAGCAGGUGUUGUUCUAGUACCUGUCUUGGGUGCGCAAGUGGAGAGAGAUGCGAUAAAGUCAAGCGACGUGAUCCAAGGGUAAAGAACGCGGCAAGAAUGAGAGUUAGCGCUGGAAGAAAGAAGAAUCUUGCAAGAUCCCAUCCUGGUCAGUAGAGAAAAGGAUAUUUUUCUAAAAUGGACUGUACUAUUUUUCAAUUGGUUAACUCAAUUGUUUGACCCAGGAUUUAAGCGCACUGCGGUUCUUCUCUCUUAUUCUAUUUACGGACAUGACGCUAUCGACAUAUGCUGAUCUAAGCAGUAUGCAGGACUCGUGUCAUAUGAACUUCGUUAAAGGCUUCGCUCACCUUAGAGUCUCUGUUGCUCGGUAGUAGAGCAUAGGAGCGCGGAAUGCGAACCUCUAAUGUUCGAUUCCUCACGGGGACUCUGAAUUUUUUCUUUGUCCCACGCUCAUGACAAGACGAACAACAUCUUUCUCUAUUUCUUUACCGGCCUCAAAAGUUACCAUCUCUCUUAUACUAUUUACUGUGGUUCUUCUUCCCAUUCAGUGAUAUCUUUUGUUGAUUUAGAAUUAUUUUUCUGACUUUACAUUUCUAUUCUCUCUUUUCUCUCUAGGUUCUAUGCCUGUUGCAUUGAAUAAAGGUAAAGUGUCUUCAAACAUGCCUGCAGACAAAGUUACUUGUUUCCUGGGAGAGGGAGAAUUGCAGCAGCCAAUGCACAUGGCAACACCGACUUCUCAAGUGGCCAGUCCUUGCCUUACGCUCUCAUCAGGGUUGGUAACUGGCAGUGGUGAAAAUUCCAGCCAUUCAGAUAGUAAUCAGCGUUACGCAGUUCCUCCUGAAAUGCCAAGCCGUCCGUUGAAACAACAAAGAUCCUCUCAUGGCUUGUUAUUACCUGGGGUAAUACCUCGACAAGCGAGUAAAAAUAACUGUAACCGGACAUUUUCAGCUACGGCCAAUGAAGAAUCGUCUUUUUCUUGUGUUUCUUCUGAGGCAUCCAAUUACAGAAAGACGUCAGCAUCAGAUAGUGUGCCUCAUAAGGUUCAUGAUGUAGUUACUCAAAUAAACACUGUAAAAGAGAUGAGUUCGUUGUCUUUCAGUAGUCCUAACAUGCACCAUUCGGCAACUCUGCGACCAUUUCCUAGUGCUGCGUCUCCAAACGUGAGGACAGUAAAAAUAGAAGACGCCAACGCACAACAGUACUAUUCGCCAUCCUCAAUAACCACGGCUCAUUCAGGAAAUUCUUUUGUCGCGCAAUCGAGCAGCCCAAACAGCCAUCCUUCGAGCAAUCUGCGUCCAUUUCCUAGUGACGCGUCUUCAAACGUGAGGCCUGUCAAAUUAGAAGACGCCAACGCACAACAUUACCGUUUGCCUUCCUCAAUAGCCACGGUGCAAACAGGAAAUCCCAUUGUCGCGCCUUUAAGCAACCCAGAUAGUCUGCAACCCUUUGUUAGAGCAGCCUCUCCAAACGUGAGGCCAGUAAAAGUGGAAGACGUCAAAAAACAACAAUGCCGUCUGUCAUCCUCAGUAACCACGUUACGUACAAGGGAUUCCGUCUGCAUGCCUUUGAGCAGCCCCAAACUGUUUCCUCCGGUCGAUCUGCGAACAUCUCCAGAUAUGACGUCUUCAAACGUUAGGCGAGCAGUAACCACGGCACAAACAAUGUACCCUAUUGUCGUGCCUUUUAGCAGCCCAAGCAUGCAUCCUUCGGGCAAUCUGCGACCAUCCCUUAGUGUGGUGUAUUCAAAUGUCAGGCCUGCAAUAACCACGGCACAUACAGGGAAUUCCAUCAUCGUGCCUUUGAGCAGCCCAAACAUGCAUCCUUCAGGUAAUCUUCCACCAUCCCACAGUAUGGCGUCUUCAAACGUCAGGCCAGUAGAAGUUGUCAACGCACAGCAAAGCCGUUUGCCACAAUCAGGAAAUUCUGUUACUGUGAAUACGGUGCCGCCUCAAACACCCCCAGCAAGUCUCCAGCGGUUUUAUCCUCUAGUAGGAAUCCCUUUCAUUUCACCGUCAGGCUGGCAGCAACCUAGCAUUCAGUGUGUUUCUGUGGCGCCACAACCAACUCCUGUGUAUCCCUUGGUGCAACGUCUUCAUUUUGCCACUGUGAGAGGGUCCUCUAUGAGCAACAGCGUUGGUAUUCCUGAGCCAUCUGCUCAGUCAGUCAGCAGCAGUCUGAAUCAGAACAGGGCCGCCCCCGUCAACACGGACGCUGCUCCUUUAAGGAAUAGUCACAAGGAAAUAUUACCAAAACCCUGGACUCAAUUUCCUCAAGGUGGAAGUUCAAGCGAAAGAAAGAAACAGCUAGACCAGGCAUGUGAUCAGCUCACUCGUUUCUUGGAUGUAGUGACAAGACUGAGCAAAAUUCGUGGUGAUUUUGGUUUUCUUGUUCAAUACUAUCGUAGGACAUGUGAACUAGAUCCCUCCAGUGCGAUAAUCAUCGAUAGCGUAGAGGCACUCAUACAUUUCCUUAACAUCGCGGAGUGUAAGUUGAAGGAAGAAUCCCACGCGCUGCAAAAUUCUUGUCAGUCGUUGCAAUCGCUCAUUAAGAAUUACCAGAAGAAUAUUCGUACUGACGGAAAUAACUAUCAAAAACUCUUGGACACUAGACUCUUCACAGAGAAAAAUAUUGACUCAAUUAAUGAAGACAAAGCGGCAGAGAUAAAACGAGAUUGUGAUGAGAUGAAAACAGAAUUGAGUGAGCUUCGAGUGAAGAUGGCAGAGCUCCGAAAAGAAAAGGAUGAACUGUAUGAAAAAUGGUUAAAACUGGCUGAUGUAUAG